UUUAUUUCUCCCUGCAUUUCUUUCCCAUCUCUGCCUCUGUUUGUUUCCUUCUUCCUUCUCCGUCCCCUGUCUCUCUCUCUUCGUUCUUGAAUUCCUCGCCGGCCGGCUCGCCGGAGAACUGCACCGGCUUGGUGCUCCUGAUACCGCGCCGGAGUCCGAGUUCUGACUGGGCUUGAGUUCAUCAAGUUUGAACGUUGGAGUUGGAGCUUUUGAUUCGAAUUUCCUUCUCCUGCUGCUCUUGAUCGUGCUCGUGUGGUGCGGAGAAGCGGCGCGGUCUCUGCUGAUGGUCUUGUCCCGGCGAGGAGCGAGGUAGAGUUUGGCAUGGAGCAAGCGACGGAGACCGCGGCCGCGCAGCCGGCGCCGGAGACCACGGAGGCGACGCCACCGGCUCCUCCUCCUCCUCCUCCUGCGGCGGCGGCGGUCGUGACUGUGGCGACGGCUGGGAGAGGGGAGGGGAAGCGGAAGAGGGGGAGGCCGAGGAAGUACGGGGUGGACGGCGGUCCGGUGCGGCCGCUGAAGGCGACGCCGAUCUCGGCGUCGGUGCCGGACGACUCCGGCGGGGGCCAGUACACGCCCGCGGCGUCCGUGGGGGCCGUCAUGAAGCGGGGCAGGGGCUCGGGCCGCCCAGUGGGGUUCGUCAGCCGUGCGGCGCCGGUCGUGGCGGUGACCGCCGCGACGCCGACCGCCGCGGUGGUCGUCUCUACGCCGCCACCCUCCGCCGCCGUUGCCCAGAAGCAGCAGCUCGCGCCACAGGUAGUCGCCGUUGUCCAGAAGCAACAGCCCGCACCACAGCUAGGCACUGCGUCAGGUGAUGUGGUAGGAUGUGCUUCUGGUGCAAAUUUUACACCUCAUAUCUUGAAUGUUGUUGCCGGUGAGGAUAUUAAUAUGAAGGUUAUAUCUUUCUCGCAACAAGGUCCAAGGGCAAUUUGCAUUCUGUCUGCCAAUGGUAUGAUCUCCAAUGUUACGCUACGUCAGCAUGAUUCUUUAGGUGGUACCGUGACUUAUGAGGGCCGCUUUGAGCUACUUUCCCUGUCUGGAUCUUUUACGCCGACAGACAACGGGGGGACCAGAGACCGCUCCGGUGGAAUGAGCGUCUCUCUCGCCGCUGCUGAUGGUCGCGUCAUCGGAGGCGGCGUGGCCGGCCUCCUUGUGGCUGCUAGCCCUGUUCAGGUUGUGGUGGGAAGCUUCUUCCCGAGCUACCAGAUGGACCAGAACGCCAAGAAGCCGGUGGUAGAGAUGAAGACGGUGUCAACACAGCCGACACAGCCGGCCGUGGGGUUCACCAUUUCCAGCGGCGGCGACAUGGCGGACUCCUACAGCGGCAGCCAGCAGCCCAAGGGCGGCAACUCGACGUCGGCUUUCAGGGUGGAGAACUGGACCGCGCACCCCGCGGUGCCGGCUGAGGCGAGGAGGACGCCGCCACCGCCGUCGUCGGAGGCCAAAGUCCCCGUCCCCGGAGGUUGAUGAAGGCGACAGAUAGUGAUUCAGAAGCAGCAGGAGGCUCUGCGAAUGUGCGAAUGUGCAAAUGUGCAGGGAAAUUCACCAUAUCUAUUUUACAGAAAAAUUCAAUUCAACAGUGAAAAAAAACACAUAAAUAUAUGAAUAUGCUGUGCGAUAUUCCUUGUGGAUCCAUUUGUUUGGCCUAAAUGAUUAAAUCUAGCUCGGCUAUAUACUUUCUCUCUGUCAA